CCCUGCCUUGUGCCCCCGUCUCCCCCCUGGCUUCCCGUGGGUGCUGUGAGCUCGGACUCCUCUUACGCCUGCCACCGGACUUGGAAGCGCCGGGCUCCCUGCAGCCGGCGGCCAGGCUGCAAGCAACAGGGGGGUAGCCCUGCCCUGGAGAAUCAGCGGAUGUGCCAGCAUUUGCAGCUGACCCCCCAGAAAAGGGGAGGGGUGGCAUAUGGCCGAGGGGAGUGGAGAGGCUACCUCCGCGCCUUACAGCUGCAGCGCGGGGACACAGCUCCCUCUGCCCCAGGCUCCUCUCGCAGCUCCGGCUCCGCAGCAGCCCGCGCCGCGUCACCGGCCACGGGGAGGCUCCUGCUUCCGUCGCCGGCCCAGCUCAGCGCCCCGGGACCACCUAGGCCCCGCGCUCAGCGCCGCCGCUCCCGGCCCCCAAGCGGAGCAGCCCCGAGGCUGCUUGGAACAGCGCCACCGCGCGGGGAGCUGCGGGAAACUCAAGGCCGGGACCCGGCCGCCUCGCGCUGUCAAGGGACUGGUGCCUUGGGGGACGGCCAGCCUCACCCCUGCGGGGAAUCAGUGCUGCGGAGACCCCCGGGGGAGCUGACCCGAGCUCCAGGGAGCCCCCCAGGCGCGAUCGGACGUGCGAUCGCGCGAGGCCCCCCGGGCUGUUUGUUUCCCCUCUCAGCGUCCUUCCUCUCUUCCCAAGGGCAGAGUCCAUCCAACACCCACCCCCGGGGCACCUCGUUGGUAAGAGUGCAUGCAGGGCUGGUGUUGGUGACCGUACAGCCUUGUUAUAACGACUGGAGAGUGCGUGAAAGUGGACACCCUCCCUCCCCUUCUUGGAGCGGGCCCUCUGGAUUUCACUGUGCUGGGGAGAAGGGAAACACAGCAAGGGGUGUAAGGGAGAGUACAACAGCAGAGAAGCUAUAG